CGCCUCGCACUGCCUCCCCUGGCCUGCACUACCUGCACCCUUCAUCGUAGUCAUCAUGCGCAUGUUCCGCCGCCCUCGUCCACCGUCUGCCUCGCACGAAAUCUACACAUCUAGUCUUCAGAUGCUCAACGUCGGCCAUGCGCUGUGGUUCCCCGAACCGCAUCACUCGGGCGAGCCGCAAAUCGGGGACGUUGGCUUCAUACGCGAAGGUGCACUCGUCAGGUUAUUCAACCUCGACACGUCUGCUCCCGAGAAGAAAGUCACACACUGGGAUGACUACCCUCCGUUCGAGGUUACACCACCCUUGCCGAAAGGUGCACUCAAGACUUACAGCGCACCUCGAGUGCUUUUCCCUGGUCAUCAUUGCAGUCAUGGAGUUGAGUCAAAGGAAAUUCAUACUUCGGCAGACGCGUAAGCACGCCGGCUGG